CUGGACACUGUUUUUGAUCUUGUUUAUCUCCCUCCUUCUUAACACCAACACCGCUUCUCUCUCUUUGGAUGAUUGGUAUUGAUCGAUAUUCAUUCGUCGUCUUGUUUCAUCGCCGCUCGUCGGUAUCGGUAUUGCUUUGAGCGUAUCUCAUCGGGCAGCAAGCAUCGGCCGUAUCGUCAUGUCAUCGCCGAGUCUUUGAAGAUCUAUUCCAUCGAUAACCACCAGCAUAAUCAGUUAGCCCCUCUGUUGCUGACAUCCACGAGACAACCCUUUCCCUCUUCGCAACCAAACUCACCACUUUGAUUUUCUCGACGAAGCCAUCUUUCUUGUUCCUGUUCAAAAUGAUUUGUUGCAGUCUUUGCGACCGCUCCCAUUAUGGAAGGGUGCCUUUUCUCUGCGCUGUUGAUGCGCGCAAUCGGCUUUACCCGCUCCGAGUGCAGAACGCACGAGUCCUGAUCGAGAACGAAGAGUUAGAGCGCACCGUCGUAGAGGAGGAAGCAGAAGGACCAUGCAGGAAGCCUUACCUGGACCGACUCAAGUCGGAAGUGGCUGCCGCUAAUGCUCGAACCGCCGAGAUCAUGGCGCAGUGUGAGCGCUUGAAGAGACAGACCGAGCAGACCAGGAAGGAGGUUGAGAAGAAGAAGGAUGUUCUCGCCCGGAAGAAGUCUGAUUUAUCGGCCAUGUCGACUGGAGUUGCAGCGAGGCGAAACCGCCAGCUGGAGGAGACCCAGGAGUCGAUCCGCCGUAUUCGAUUCAAAUGGGCGGCUUGUGCUGACACCAUGGCGUCGACGAGAUCGUUUCUGUGCGAGGAGGCUGCCAGAUUGUUUGGACUUCGGCAGAUUCGCAAGGGUUCUUCGAAACGGUAUGAGCUCGGCGGUGUCGAGAUUAUCGACUUGCAUGCUCUAAACAGCCUCUCACCGGAGGUUAUCAACACAUCCCUGGCCAACAUCACUCAUUUGGUGAUGCUGACCUCACAUUAUCUUGCCAUAAGGCUUCCUUCGCAAAUCACACUUCCACACCAAGACUACCCGCGACCGACAAUUUUAUGGCCACAGGCGUCUUAUCAAUUAGAGGAGCCACCGUUUCCGGCAGCCAUGUUAUCUGGUCAACACCAGCAGUCCGGGUUGGAGGGACCGCCGAUCGAUGUUGAGAAAACCAGAUCUUUCCCCCACCGUCCCCGUCCGCUCUGGAUCGAAAAGCCGCUGCCCGCUCUAGUCAAGGAAGACCCGCAGACGGCCGGAAUGUUUAUUGAAGCCGUCUGCUUGCUGGCCCACAAUAUCGCCUGGGCCUGUUGCACGCAAGGUCUCCCGUUUGGUUUUGAUUCGCGGGAUACCUACGAUGAGCUGUGCAACAUGGGCCACAAUCUAUAUCGGUUAUUGAUUGGCGAUAAUCUCCAUCGGCGCUCGGUAGAUCCGAACAUGUUUCCAAAAAGUCCAAGUCCCAGUGGUCAAGGUAAUGAGGCGACACCGUCUGAAGAGAGUACGACGGCGAACAACAACCCGAGAUUGGUUAUAGGUCGCUGGUCUCAUGGGACUAUCCACAACUUCCUCGAGAGUUUGGAAGGGAAGGAGUGGUUGGACAGGUGCAGACUCCCCAGUCCGCACCGGAUGUCGGAUCGGUUGAAGAAAAAGUUGAUUAACGAGGCGCCGAUGUUGGAGUGGGAGAAGAUCGAGGGUGACGAGCUGGACGAUGCUUUCGAACAUGACGACGGUCGUCUUGGAGUUUUGGUUAAGCGACGUCGUCGAAAAGAAGAGAUUGGUGAUAGAGACGGACGGGUGAACGGUGAUUUCGGGGUUGAAUCUGUUUCGACUGUUGUUGGUGCCGGUGGUUUGUCGGGAGCCGUUGCCAGAGAAAGAGGAAUUGGUUCGAGUGGUAAUGUGGCUGGCUCAACCGACGCUGCUGCUGCUGUUGCUGGAACGAGUGCUAGUAGUGCCAAUACUAGAGGGACGAGUGGCUGGACAAAGCUCAAGAGUAGAUAGAAGUUAAAGAGGUUUGUCGAGAUGCCGCCAUGGAUAGUUGAAAGUCCGUUACUCGUUACCUGGUUCCUGAUUUCAAUUGGAUUUGGUUUGGUUUGGUUCAUUUGGUUCAUUUGCAGCAGCAAUUGUUCGGCUUUCUGUUGCAGACAUACCCAAGUCAGUAACCAAUCCCAAACAGAGCGACAGAAGGAGAGACCAGGUGGUACAUACAUUAACAGUCUGUUGAGUGUUGCUGAUUUUACAACCUGGGCAGG